GCAACCUGUUGUGUGUCUCUUCCCGCACUCUCUUUCUUCCCAAAUUCCUCACUCUGCAUUUUCUUCACCCUUUUGCAAUAAUCAUGGAGUUUCACUCUCUUCCCAAAUUCCACCUUCUUCUCUUCUCUUCCAUUCUCUUCCUUUCAGCUUUCCACGCUCAGGCUAAAAUCAAAGUCAACUACUGCGAUAAGAAGGUGAACUAUGCUGUGAAGGUGUCUGGAGUUGAAAUAUCACCAAACCCUGUGGUCAGUGGCGAGCCGGCUACCUUUAAGAUCUCAGCUACUUCUGGUCAAGCUAUUUAUGGUGGAGAGGUGGUAAUUGGAGUUUCAUACGUUGGGGUGCCUGUUCAUACUGAAAGAAUUGAUCUUUGUAAAGAAGUAGCCUGUCCUGUUUCUAAUGGCAAUUUCCUGAUUUCUCACACCCAAACAUUGCCUUCAAUUACUCCACCGGGACCCUACUCUCUGAAGAUGACACUGAAGAAUGAUCGUGACGAGGUUUUAACUUGCAUCAAGUUUAAUUUUAAAAUCGUUCUUGGAUCUUUUGUGUCUGAUGUGUGAAGGGUGUAAUUUUCAUGACUGAUCUGGGAAACUUGUUUGCCUUGCUUUCAAAGUGUUUUAUUGUAAUGUGUACUGUAUACACCAUUCAUCUUUCAAGAUUCAUAUCAUGUAAGGCCAAUAUUCUCUAAUGUCACAGUCAUGUCCAUGUCCAUGACAUGAUGAGAGAGAUGCUGUUAUAUAAGGCUCAUGACUGAUUCUUUCUAUGAACUUAGGAGUAUGACUUGCAUAA